AGAAUCGACAGUUCCAGCCUUUCUUAUCUCUUUGAGUUUCGUUUGAUUUGAAAGAAAAUGCCGAAUAGACAGACCUGGCUUUGGAGUGUCUUUGUCUCUCUGACAGUGCUGUGUCUGGCCUCAGUAAAGUGUAAGGUGUUUUAUGUGGAGCUGGGAACGCCUGUCACACUGGACUGUUAUGACCGGCCAGUGGUCACCGAGGUGGAAUGGAUGCAUGAAACAGAACGGAUUUUAAAGGGGAGCUUGAAUGACGGGAAAUGGUACAAAGGUAGCUCACCUGUGGCUAGUAGAGCAAGGCUCAUUGGAGGAUCCUUACAUAUCAAAAACGUGGAGAGGGCAGAUUCUGGGCUUUACAGAUGCAAUGCUGUGAUUAAAAGUAUGGAGCACAAGCUUUAUGUAGUAACAGUCUCAUCCAGCCCCAGUGGUCCCUUCCUCGAGUCGAGCAAGGUGGAGCUGCGUUGCCAAAUUGGGGGAGGCUCCACCAUCAAGCCUGCAUGGCUGCGGCCCAAGGACAAAAUUGCUGUGAUGUCAGAGGAGGGGUCACACACCCUGCAUUCUGUGGCCCUCUCUGAUGAGGGGGAAUGGGUGUGUCAGAUUAAGGACGAAGAAAUAACAGAGGUUGGUCUGAAGAUAACUGUGCUAGGUAUUAUGCCCAGCUCCAAUCUCACAGUCAAUGAGACGGACUCUGUCCUCCUCCCCUGUGUUCUCUCCAGCCCUCUCUCUAAAUACGUCUAUAAAGGCUUCCAAUUUCAAGAGGGAGGUUGGGAAAAGAUAUCGCCUGAGUCUGUCCAUCUCCUUUCUCUGUGGAUGGAAGGCUCGGAGCUCUGUUGGAACACAACUGGUGUGCGGAAGAAAGAAUUGCAGUUCUCUUCUAAGAAGUUAGGCACCAACCUCUCUCUGACGCUGAACAAUGUGAAGAUGCAGCACGCUGGCCAGUACCAGUGCUCACUGAAAUUCAAGGACAAAGAAGCCCUGAAAUUUCAGGUGUCCCUAGAGGUCAAAGGUCAGCCUGGUGGCUCAGCCGUUGCCACUGGCACUCAUGGGAAUGGGUCCAUAAAGGGUCCCAUGUUCGGCCUUAACCUGUGGCUCUGGGUGGCGAUCGGCGUGGGCUCUCUGGUUGUGAUGAGUCUUGUUACCACCGUUGUUUGUUUGUAUCACAGACAUAAGAUAAUGAAGAAGAGACGGAGGCAAAAACAGAGGUCAUUGAGGCAGCGCUUGACAGACAGAGACUACUGCCAGUGCAACCGAAGUGCCAGGGGCCAGCCAAAUGGUAGUCAGAAGUCGACAUGCAAUAAAGGACACCAGCUUUGAAGAGGGAGAGAGAGAGACUGAUACAGAGGGCAGGAAGUAACUCAUAAUGGAGAGAGACUCAGAAGCAUGUGCUUUCCUGUAAUAUAGCACUUAUGUAUGUGGUUUUUUUGUAUUGCUGAUAUCAGUAUUAACCUUUGCGCUUAUAUUAUCUGUAUUAUGUUAGCA